AUUAAAUCCGUUUUAUUGAAUGGAGAAGUCUGAAAGACGAUCAUUAGGAGGGACAGUCACAACAUUGAGAUCAUCUAGAGGUGCUGUAUUAGUGAACUAGGAUGGAUCAUACGCAUAUGGUUACAAGAAUGUUUAUUUUAGUUUGUCCAAUGAAAAAUGAAUCAAUAGUAUAAAGUGAAAAGGUAAUUUAAGAGCCACAAUAAAUCAUGUUACCAGUUUUUGGAGAUGAUGAACUAGCUUUUUAUAUCAAUCCUUAAGACUUACCAGAAUUGGUUGAUGAAGUUUUGGACACUUAUUUAACACAUUCAAGAGUUUUUCUGGUUUUUAUGUGUGUUUAGAUGAUAGUGGAAAUCAUCUUUGAUUCAAUGGUUUGGAUAAAUUAAGACAGAAUUGAAAAACUAGUAAAUCUAUGAGAAUUUACAUAAGCUAGCUCUAAUUUACAACAAGGUGCCAUUGGAUGAUAUCCAUCAAAUGAUAAUUUUAUGCUCAUGCAUAAAUAUUAUAUUUUAAUGCAUAUAUUAUGCAUCAGGAAUUUCUGGUGCAUGGCGUAAAUCUUACAAAACACUUAAUGCCUUUGGAAAUUUAUCAAUUUUAGGAAUGUUUUUACAAAUAUUUCUAUCUUACACUUAUCAGUAAUUUUAAUAUUCAAAUAUAGAUUCAAUAUAUUGGUAUUUGCAUUUAGAGUGUUGUCAUGUAUUUAUGCAAAGUUCUUGAGUCACUUGAUCCUCAGUUUGAUCUUGUUACCUCAUUGAAAUUUAUUAUUAAUAUAAUAUGCGC